AUGUCUAAGAUCACCACCACCCACGUCAGGGACAACGUCAAGGAGCUUUUGAAGUACUCCAACGAGACCAAGAAGAGAAACUUCUUGGAGACCGUUGAGUUGCAGGUCGGUUUGAAGAACUAUGACCCUCAGAGAGACAAGCGUUUCUCCGGUACUUUGAAGUUGCCAGUCUGCCCAAGACCAAACAUGUCUGUUUGCAUCUUUGGUGACGCCUUCGACGUUGACCGUGCUAAGUCCUGCGGUGUCGACGCUAUGUCCGUGGACGACUUGAAGAAGCUCAACAAGAACAAGAAGCUAAUCAAGAAGUUGGCCAAGAAGUACAACGCCUUCAUUGCCUCCGAGGUCUUGAUCAAGCAGGUUCCUAGACUGUUGGGUCCUCAAUUGUCCAAGGCUGGUAAGUUCCCUACCCCAGUCUCCCACAACGACGACCUAUACAGCAAGGUUACCGACGUCAGAUCUACCAUCAAGUUCCAGUUGAAGAAGGUCUUGUGUCUAGCCGUUGCUGUUGGUAACGUCGAGAUGGACGAGGACACCUUGGUCAACCAGAUCUUGAUGUCUGUCAACUUCUUGGUCUCUUUGCUAAAGAAGAACUGGCAGAACGUUGGCUCCUUGGUCAUCAAGUCCACUAUGGGUCCAGCCUUCAGACUAUACUAA